CUCCUCCUGAUUUCCAUGUUGUAACCAGGUUGUAACUCGGGUGUACAACGACAUGGUGAAGAGUUCGUUUGUUCAUCUUUUUAGACGUUAAAUAAACUCAUAGCUACAAUGGACGACCGUAAGUUAGACCUGACAGAGGCUCAGGAAGCUGUCAAGUCAAAAUACCCACCGAUCAACAAGAAAUAUGAAUAUUUGGAUCACACAGCAGAUGUACAAAUUCACUCCUGGGGAGAUUCUCUGGAGGAAGCGUUCGAGCAGUGUGCCAUGGGCAUGUUCGGCUACAUGACGGAUACAGAAACAGUGGAACCCACUGAUACUGUUGAAGUGGAAUCAGAGGGUGAAGACAUGGAGUCUCUUCUCUUCCAUUUCCUAGAUGACUGGUUAUACAAGUUCAGUGCAGAUCUUUUCUUUAUUCCCAGGGAGGUCAAAGUGUUGCACAUAGACAGAAUGCGCUUCAGGAUCCGCUCCAUUGGGUGGGGUGAAGAAUUCUCUCUUGCAAAGCAUCCACAGGGAACAGAGGUGAAAGCCAUCACAUACUCAGCAAUGCAGAUCCAUGAUAAAGACAAACCAGAGAUAUUUGCCAUUGUUGAUAUCUGACGACACCUCCAGAGGCAAAUCGCAUUCAUGGUUCGAUGGAACUGGAUAUAUCCACACGGCCAAUUUAAGUGGCCUUUUUAUCUAAGGCACUGAUUAUUGACUUGUAAAACCUUUUCUACUCGUAGGAUGAACUGUUUUACUAACUAAUUCUCUGAUUAAUUAUAUGACACUGAUAUCUCAAGAAACAUUAUUUCAGAAAUCACGUUACUUUAAAAUUGAAUGAGGGACAACAGAAUGGAAAUAAUAGAACUUUUUACUAAAGUCAUUAUAGAAGUAAAACUUAUUUAUUGGUUUUUUCAGCCAAGUUUUACUUGAAAUCCUUUUGCAAAUUCUUAUUCUUAUUUAUGACGUUUGACCUUAUGUUGAUGCCUUAUUAAUCAUUGUAAAUAAAUCAACAAUUAAUUGUUUAUUUCUCUAGUGGGAUUGAGGAAAUGGCCUCUCGUACUUAAAAUUAAAAUCUAAUUUUUGCAUAUUUUGUGAACUCAUUCUGGGGCACAGAGCCAUAAAUGGGAACUAUGUUAUUAAUAAAUACAUUUGAGAAAAGAAUUACAUAGAAAAGAUGGUAAAUAAACGAUGCCCACAUAUAACUUU